AUGGGGGUGGACAGUGGGGCGAGGGUAGGAGAUGAGGUGGAAGAGGUCAAUGGUGGCCAGAUUGCCGAAGUAGAAUUUUCACACAACAUCUGGGCUGUUUCCAAUGGAUUCAGAUUAGGUUUGCAUUUUAAAGCAUCCCCUGUGGCUCUUCUGGAAAGAAUAAAGUGUACAAGAGAAAGAGUAGGAAAAGAGGACACUGGGAGUUACUGGAGCCUAGGUGCCGAGGAGUCUUGUAAAUGUAAUGGCUGGAAAAACCCCAACCCUUCUCCCACUCCCCCCAGAGCCGACCUGCAGCAAAUAAUUGUCAGCCUGACAGAAUCCUGCCGGAGUUGUAGCCAUGCCCUAGCUGCUCACGUUUCCCACUUGGAGAAUGUGUCAGAGGAAGAAAUGAACAGACUCCUGGGAAUAGUGUUGGAUGUGGAAUAUCUCUUUACCUGUGUCCACAAGGAAGAGGAUGCAGAUACGAAACAAGUAUAUUUCUACCUAUUCAAGCUCUUGAGAAAGNCUAUUUUACAAAGAGGAAAACCUGUGGUUGAAGGCUCUUUGGAGAAGAAACCCCCUUUUGAAAAGCCUAGUAUUGAACAGGGUGUGAACAACUUUGUACAGUACAAAUUUAGUCACCUGCCCGCCAAAGAAAGGCAAACCAUCGUUGAGUUGGCAAAAAUGUUUUUGAACCGCAUCAACUAUUGGCACCUGGAAGCACCAUCUCAACGAAGACUGCGCUCUCCCAGUGAGGAUAUUUCUGGAUACAAAGAGAACUACACAAGAGCUAUAUGUGUAUGUAAUAAAAAAAUAUGUAACUCAUUGGGUUGAUAUGAGGAUUCAAUAAUCGAAGGUAAGAUGCUGAUUCAGGUUAUUGCCAGAUAUGGUUAGUGCUUUUGUCCAGCUGAUAGUACAUUAGUUUUUGAUCUUACUGUUGCUUUUAUUCUUGUGUUUAGGUUUUUGUCCAUGUUAGAAGAAGAAGUUUAUAGUCAAAACUCUCCCAUCUGGGAUCAGGAUUUUCUCUCAGCCUCUUCCAGAACCAGCCAGCUAGGAAUUCAAACAGUCAUCAAUCCACCUCCUGUGGCUGGGACAAUUUCCUACAAUUCCAACUCAUCUUCCCUUGAGCAGCCGAAUGGAGGGAGCACCAGUCCUUCCUGCAAAGGCUCUUCUGGGCUUGAGGCAAACCCUGGGGACCCUGAAAAAUCCACAAAUGUUAAUAUCUUCUUAGAGAAAAGAACAGACAUGUUGAUACGUCCUGUGUCCACUGCCUUAUGAGAAGAGCUGUCUAAUGUUUUCCUGUCUCCUGCAUCCCAGACCAACUUUCUGUCAGCACAUUCAGCCAGGGAUGAGGCAGCAAGGCUGGAGGAGCGCAGGGGCGUGAUUGAAUUUCAUGUGGUUGGCAAUUCCCUGAACCAGAAACCCAACAAGAAGAUUCUGAUGUGGCUGGUCGGGCUGCAGAAUGUCUUCUCCCACCAGCUGCCCCGGAUGCCAAAGGAGUACAUCACACGGCUUGUCUUUGACCCGAAACACAAAACCCUUGCUUUAAUCAAAGAUGGCCGUGUUAUUGGUGGUAUCUGUUUCCGUAUGUUCCCAUCCCAAGGAUUCACUGAGAUUGUUUUCUGUGCUGUAACCUCAAAUGAGCAAGUCAAGGGCUAUGGAACACACCUGAUGAAUCAUUUGAAAGAAUACCACAUAAAACACGACAUCCUGAACUUCCUCACAUAUGCAGAUGAAUAUGCAAUUGGAUAUUUCAAGAAACAGGGUUUCUCCAAAGAAAUUAAAAUACCUAAAACCAAAUAUGUUGGCUACAUCAAGGAUUAUGAAGGAGCCACUUUAAUGGGAUGUGAGCUAAAUCCACGGAUCCCAUACACAGAAUUUUCUGUCAUCAUUAAGAAGCAGAAGGAGAUCAUUAAAAAGCUGAUUGAAAGAAAACAAGCCCAGAUUCGAAAAGUCUACCCUGGCCUUUCGUGUUUUAAAGAUGGAGUUCGACAGAUUCCGAUAGAAAGCAUUCCUGGAAUUAGAGAGACAGGCUGGAAACCGAGUGGAAAAGAGAAAAGUAAAGAACCCAAAGACCCUGACCAGCUUUACAGCACGCUCAAGAGCAUCCUCCAGCAGGUGAAGAGCCAUCAAAGUGCUUGGCCCUUCAUGGAACCUGUGAAGAGGACAGAAGCUCCGGGAUAUUAUGAAGUUAUAAGGUUCCCUAUGGAUCUGAAAACCAUGAGUGAACGCCUCAAGAAUAGGUACUACGUGUCUAAGAAAUUGUUCAUGGCAGACUUACAACGAGUCUUUACCAAUUGCAAAGAGUACAACCCUCCUGAGAGUGAAUACUACAAAUGUGCCAAUAUCCUGGAGAAAUUCUUCUUCAGUAAAAUUAAGGAAGCUGGAUUAAUUGACAAGUGAUUUUUCCCCCCCUCUGCUUCUUAGAAACUCAUUAAGCAGUGUGCCUAAAGCAAGGUGGUUUAGUUUUACAAAGAAUUGGACAUAAUGUGUUGAAGAUAUUUGUAAAUGUAAUAAUUAGCACUUUUGAAAAACAAACAAAAAACCUCCUCUUAGCUUUUCAGAUAUGUAUUGAAAUUGAAGUCAUAGAACAUUUUUUAUUUUAUGAAAUAGAUUUUAAUCUAUUUACUACUAUUCAUGUAAAUUUUCUAUGGCAUGUCCAUUACCUGAAUAUUCAAUAAUAGAUGAUCAGGGGAGUUUCCUCAAAACCUGUACAUGAGGAAAUUGCACAUAGUACCAAGAUUUGGGGGAAUCCAGAAAAUUCCAGACCGUGAAUGUUUCCAUUUUUUUCUAAUGGAAUGUGAGAGUUUAUUUUUAUUUUUUUCUGAAGGACUUUAAGGAAAGGAUACAUGAUAAAAAAGCCCGUAAAAGGUGAAAUAUGUGAUGUUUGAAGUCUCAUUGUAGACUUUUUAUAUAUAUAUUUUUUAAAAACACUCAUCUAGAUGAGGUGCUUUGAGCAGUUCUGAAAAAAUGCAGUUCCAGAAAAGCAACUGCUUCAAUUCCUAAGGAAGAAAUUCUAAAUAAUGCAAACUUUUUUAUAAGCAUCUGGGUUUUUGAUAAUUCUGUCUACCUACAACAAACUCGUGAGUGCACAACCACUAUUUUAAUAAUUAUUUUCUCCACACAAAUGUGUAAUGUUUUAUUUGACUUUGCUUAUGCAGGCCAUAAGUUCCAAAAGGCAAUUUCCUGGGCCACAAAGGCGUACAUUUGAAAACACUUGAAACUGAAUCAACGUACUUUAAUAGGAAAAGAGGUAUAUUCUAUAUAUGUAUCAAGUAUGGUGAACCCUUGUAAUAAAUAAGAAUUUUUUUCUCCUUUUCUGUGAUACACACCACCUGACUCAUAAUGUACAUAUGGACAUUUUUCCUUUUGCCUCUCCAGAUUAUGUAUAUUCAUUAUCUAAGGUGAAUUAAAUUACCAGCAAGAUUUGCUGUCAGUAUUUUCACACCAACAUUGAUUUAUAGACCAGGGUAAUACCCACUAAAAUCCAUCCUACAACCUUAUUAACCUGUUGUGGGAUUCCAGGUUAGUGCUUGGAUUUAUUUCCUGAUUAACACUACAUAGAAAAGUGGGACACCUGCCAUCCCAACUCUGGGAGAACCAACUAAUAUAAAACAAAUGAAGGCCAUCUUGGUGGUCUGGACACUAAUUUUUAUGAUACAAAUUUAUAAACUGAUUUUUGUAAAGGACUAGCUUUUGAAAGUGUAUUUAACUUGAUGUUUUCUAUCAGCAUAAAUGAAUUAAGAUGAUCAUUUAAUAGUCAUUAAAAACAGUUGCCAGAGAUAAUCCGUAUGAAGGAGAAAAACUUGCAGAUGGCUAUUGAGUUGGAAGUAUUGUUUUUAAUGUAAGAAGAUAUUCAGAAUGCUCACACUGAAAAAUGCCUCAACUUUUCUAAGUAUAAGAAACCACCUUGAGUGGCAUCUAGAUUUCUAAUGAAGAAUGAUGAUACAGUUUGGAUUAAGUAUCUCGGACUGGUUGUAAACAGUGCUUUGUACUGGAUCUGCCGAAGCAUCUGUCCACCUUGGUAUCCUGUGAAAGUUUGUUAUUUCCCGGGUAGACAUAGAGUAUUGUCUUUAAAAUCAGAUGGUCUCUUCUAUAUUGAAAGCAUUUUUAUGUUUUCUAAUUUAAAAAUUAAUAUUUUCUUAUAGAUAUUGUGCAAUAAAGCUGAAGUAGGAUGUGUGGUUUUUGCAAAUGCUUUAACAGCUGAUAAAAUUUUACAUUUGUAAAAUUAAUAUAUUGUACUGGUACAAAAUAGUUUUAAAUUAUAUUUUGAAAAGCUC